UGAAUACGUAGUACGCCUGAGUGGAGGAGCUGCCCAUUGUAUUAUUGUUCAAGCUAGCUAUCAAAGAGCGAAAUAUAUAAAUGGAUCGAGCCUCAAAACGCAGACAAGUGAAGCCCCUGGCUGCCUCGCUUCUAGAUGCCCUGGAUUAUGACAGUUCAGACGAUAGUGAUUUUGAAGUUGGAGAUGCUGAUGCCUCAGGCUCAGAGGGUACAGGGAAUGGCAGUGAUGGCGAAGGCUCCAAAGACAGUGCUGCAGGCACGGACAGCGAGUCGGCUGACGAGGAAGGUAUAGAUGAGGAAGAUGCCAAAGAGCUACACGAAGAUGAGCAUGAUGAAGCUGAUGAGCAUGAUGAGGAGAAGGCUACGGAGCAGAACUCUGAGGAGGCAACCAGCAAGGAGACCGGGGAGGCCUUCAAGAGCCGCAAGAGAGGAGAGAAGGCCUCGGAGGUGGAGCCUGGUGACAGCGGAGGUGGGGUUGUCGCUGAGGAGAGUCCUGCUGAGCCCAAGAAGUGGAAUCUGCGGCGGAACCGUCCCAUGCUAGACUUCACCACCAUGGAGGAGCUGAAUGAGAUGGAUGACUAUGACAGUGAGGACGACAAUGACUGGCGGCCCACGGCGGGGAAGAAGAAGAGCAAGGCUGCCGGGAAGGAGAAGGCCGGCAGUGAUGAAGAGGAGGAUGAGGGCAGUGAGGAAGAUGAGAUUGAAGACGAGGACAACGAGGACGAGGAUGGUGAGAACGGCAGCAGCAGCGACAGCGAGGAGGUGCCGAAAAAAGUUAAGAAGAAGACGACCAAGGGCGCUGGAACAUUUGACGAGGACGAGACCAACGACAGCCACAGCACAUCACAUGGGAAAGGAAAUGAGCAGGACUCUUUGCUGGAGCGGGCCCAGCCAUGGAGCUCACAGCGGAUGGAGCAUAUCCUCAUCUGCUGUGUAUGCCUGGGGGAGAACAGUGAGGACACCGAUGAGAUCAUCCAGUGUGACAACUGUGGCGUGACCGUGCAUGAAGGUUGCUAUGGAGUCGAUGGUGAGAGUGACUCAAUCAUGAGUUCAGCUUCGGAGAACUCCACAGAGCCAUGGUUCUGCGAUGCCUGUAAAAACGGGGUCACGCCCAGCUGUGAACUCUGCCCUAGUCAGGAUGGAAUUUUCAAAGAGACGGACGCUGGAAGGUGGGUGCAUGUGGUGUGCGCCCUCUAUGUUCCAGGUGUAGCGUUUGGAGACAUCGACAAACUGAGGCCAGUAACUCUAACAGAGAUGAACUACAACAAAUAUGGUGCCAAAGAGUGCAGUCUGUGUGAGGAUGCCCGUUUUGCCCGCACAGGCGUGUGCAUCAGCUGCGAUGCUGGCAUGUGCCGCUCCUAUUUCCAUGUGACGUGUGCUCAGAGGGAGGGUCUCCUCUCCGAGGCUGCUGCCGAAGAGGACAUAGCCGACCCAUUCUUUGCCUACUGCAAGCAGCAUGCUGACCGCUUUGACAGGAAGUGGAAGAGGAAGAACUACCUGGCCCUGCAGUCCUACUGCAAAGUGUCUCUGCAUGAGAGAGAGAAGCAGCUCACCCCUGAGGCCCAGGCGAGGAUCACCACACGACUGCAGCAGUACCGGGCCAAAGCGGAGCUAUCACGGAACACACGGCCGCAGGCCUGGGUGCCACGAGAGAAGCUGCCCCGCCCACUCACCUCCAGUGCCUCAGCCAUCCGCAAGCUGAUGCGCAAGGCCGAGCUGAUGGGCAUCAGCACGGACAUCUUCCCCGUGGACACGUCGGACACCAGCGCCAGCGUGGAUGGCCGGCGCAAGCACAAGCAGCCUGCCCUCACCGCUGACUUCGUCAACUACUACCUGGAGCGGAACAUGCGGAUGAUCCAGAUCCAGGACAACAUCUCAGAGCAGAAGAACCUGAAAGACAAGCUGGAGAGCGAGCAGGAGAAACUACACGUGGAGUACAACAAGCUGUGCGAGUCUCUGGAGGACCUACAGAAUGUCAAUGGGCUUCUGAGGACGGAGGGCCAGGCCAUGUGGAGCAUGAUGGGAGGCAUCCUGGGACAGAAACUCAACACGCCAGCUGUGUUGAAGGCUCCUAAAGAGCGAAAGCCCAGCAAGAAGGAAGGUGGAAGUCCAGGGAAGUCUUCCAACCUCCCAGCCGUGCUCUACAGCUGUGGGAUUUGCAAGAGGAACCAGGACCAGCACCUUCUCCUGCUGUGUGACACUUGUAAGCUACACUACCACCUGGGUUGCCUGGACCCGCCCCUCACCCGCAUGCCCAAGAAGACCAAGAACAGCUACUGGCAGUGCUCCGAGUGUGACCAGGCCAGCAGUGACGAGGCUGACAUCGCCAUGGAGACACUUCCAGAUGGCACCAAAAGGUCCAGGAGGCAGAUCAAGGGGCCAAUCAAAUUCAUCCCUCAAGACAUGUCACCAGAGCCUAAAAAGCUUCAAGUGAGGGGCACGAGAACCCGAGGCCAAAAGCGGAAAAGGGUGUCUCUCUGUGAGGAUGAGAAGAUAGAGGAACCGGUGCCGCGGGAACGGAGGCAGCGACAGUCAGCACUGCAGAAAAAGCCAAAAGCUGACGACACCAGGACCGAAUGCACCACCUGCAAAGGCCCCGGCGACAACGAGAACCUAGUUAGGUGUGAUGAGUGUCAACUGUGUUACCACUUUGGCUGCCUGGACCCUCCCCUGAAGAAGUCACCCAAGCAGACAGGUUAUGGCUGGAUCUGUCAAGAGUGUGACACCUCCUCAUCAAAGGAGGAAGAAGAAAUCGCUGAGGCUGAAGGGGAGUCCAUGAAAGAGGAAACAGCAGAGCAAACUGAAGUACCUCACUUCCAACAGUAGUGUUCUGUUCAUUGCCAUCAGUGAACCUAUGAGAUGAGUCACAAAUUGACUUUCAACUAUCAGUCUAAGGGAAGUGGCUUUGGCGAGUCAUUAGCGAUGGCUGGAAGUCGAACUCUUCAGGGCCAGCACCGCCGUCUCCUUCCUCAGUGUUCUGGAGUCAUGGUGGAUCCCUGGCCAUCCCUGGAUCUGCACUCCAAUGCAACCUCUAUCUGAUGCUGUGCUGUGCUGGGACUGGAGUCCAGUCCAGACUUUUUCUUCAGCCUAUUUUCAUACACUAAAUGGCCCUCAGUCUGAAUGUGAACAUCCUGUGUGAUAUAUUUUUUUAUAUAUCUUUCACCCGUUUCUUUCUGUACAAAGAGAGAUUAACUAUUAACUAUUGUUAGAUAUUGUUUAUUCUCCAACAUUUAUGUCUGCAUUUAAUGUUUUGUUUUUUCCUUUUUUAUACCUAUCUGCAUGUGCCCAUUACACAGAGUGAGGCAAUGACCAUUUCAGUGCACUGUGGUAUAUUUACAUUGGCUGAAAUGGUUUUGCAGCACCUAGUAAGAGUAAAUAAUUAUACAUAGCCCUCAGAUAUCAGAGCAACCCUAUUUUUGCAUUUUUUACAAUACUCUUCAUACAGAAUUGUGCGAGGAUGUGCACAUGCUAGCAUGUGGCCUCUGAUUGUGCGGCUAGUAAAUGGUGGUCAUGCAUUUCAAUUCUUGCUUUCAUUUCACCAUGUUGCAGAAUUUUGUAACACUAUGCCUGCUACACAAGUUUACACAAGAGUCUGUAUUUAGGUACUUUGUAAAUGUGUAAUUCUUAAUAAACAUUACUUUAUGCCCUUG